UUGACAUUUCAUAACUGGCUGGUGGUUUGUUUUGUUAUGAAUGUUGUUCUUUUCUUUGCCUCAUUUUCAUACGCAAACCGCAUUGAGUAGAAGAGAUCAAUGUCGAGAAUAACAGAGAAGUGAGUUUAUUCCGGAACAAAACCCAACUCUCCUGCUGCCUACUGAUGACUACGUACACCGUCUCAGGGUGGUGUGCGUGUGCGUACAAUUAUUUUUAGCACCAUAUGAAUCUGUGAUGUAGCCUCGUUCGGACACCCUGAAAUCCCGUCCCGUUACAAAAAAAAGCAACUACUGUACGAUUGAAGUUGAGUUGCAGGCAUGACGCUACCACCUCCUCAACCUGUAAUAAGCGAACCGUACAAAGUGGUUCCGAUCCACAAACACCGUGAGCUGAUGGACCAGUGUAUAGCACUAAUAAAUUCGGAAUGGCCUCGAUCAUACACCGCCCGGCUGUGGAGUUUGGAAUCAUCGAAGGAAACACUACCGACCAGCUUCGUGCUGACGACGACGGACAUAAAAGAUGAAACCAUCGUGCUAGCUCAUGCCAAACUCUCUCCCAUUCCUGCGGAUCGGGAGGCUGUGUUUGUGGAAAGCGUAGUGGUUACCCGGGAGCGGCGUGGCCAAGGAAUUGGGAGACUGUUGAUGCAAGAAGUGGAAAAGCAUUGCUUCCACAAGCUGCAUCUUAAGAAAAUUUACCUUUCCACGAUUGACCAGCAAGCAUUUUACGCGAAACUUGGAUACAAACUAUGCAGUGCAAUUAACAUUUUCGGGUCACGUCCCACGCUUAACAAGAGCACCAAGAAAAUAUGGAUGUUCAAGAGUGCGGAUAGUUAGAGCUACUUAAAGACGGGUACUAGGAACACAAUUGUAUUUAUUCUCGUAUGUUGAUAAGUGCUUAGCCUGCAGUAAGUCUGGUAUUGUACUGCUGGGCCUUUGUAUAGAUUAAAGAUGCUAUUUAUUUAGAUAAAAUUCAACAGUAUAGAAACCA